AUGAAACAAAAAGUAAGUGCACUAGAUUUGCAGCUUUUAGUUGCUGAAUUGCGCAAUUCUAUUGAAUCAUACAGAUUAAACAACAUAUAUAACAUUGCUGAUUCAAGCAAACAAUACCUACUAAAAUUUAACAAACCAGACUCUAAAGUUAAUGUUAUAGUUGAUUGUGGCUCUAGAAUUCACAUUACCGAAUAUGCAAGGCAAACACCAACAAUGCCCUCGAAUUUUGUUGUGAAAUUAAGAAAACACUUGAAAUCAAGAAGACUAACGAAUGUUAGACAAGUUUCUAAUGAUCGAAUUGUUGUAUUUCAAUUUGCUGAUGGUCAGUACUAUUUGGUUUUUGAAUUUUUCAGUGCUGGUAAUAUACUUUUGUUAGAUGAAAAUUUAAAGAUUUUAUCUUUACAAAGAAUCGUUAAAGAAUAUGAAAAUACAGUUGGAAAAAAGUAUGAAAUGUUUGACCAUUCUCUUUUUUCCAAUCACACUUCCAUACCAACUAUUACAGACACUGAAUUUAACACUGCAUUGAUUAACUCAUGGUUUCAAGAAGAAAAGACACACCUAGAAACCUCCCCAGUCCCUGAAAAGAAAAAAACUAUCCAUAGAUUAUUAUUGAAUAAAGUACCCUAUUUAUCAUCCGAUCUAUUAACAAAAAAUCUGAAAAUGAAUGGUAUCACACCCUCUGAACAAUCUUCUGCAUUUUUUAGUCAAGAAGAUGUUAUCUGUAAUGUGUUAAAGCAGACCCAGAAAGAAUAUAGUGAACUACUUCAAAAGGAAGUAGUGAUGGGGUAUAUAGUAACACGAAAAAACUCAAAUUAUAUAAAAGAAAGAGACUCUGUCGAUCUAGAAUAUGUUUUUGAUAGUUUUCACCCAUUCAAACCAUAUAUAAAUGCGACAGAAGAUAAAAAGAUCGUUGAAGUGGAAGGGUCUUAUAAUAAAACACUAGAUACAUUUUUCUCCACUAUUGAAUCAUCCAAAUAUGCACUUAAGAUCCAAGCUCAGGAAAAUAUGGCACAGAAGAAAUUGGAUGAUGCACGUUUUGAAAACGCCAAGAGAAUUCAGACAUUACAAGAUAUGCAACUUAUCAAUGAAAAGAAGGGACAUUUAAUUAUAGAACAUGCUAAUGAGAUUGAAGAAGCCAAGUGCGCUGUCCAAGGACUCAUUGACCAACAACUAGAUUGGAAUACUAUUGAAAAGUUGAUAAAGGCAGAAAAAAAAAAGAAGAAUAAAAUAGCUGAAAUGAUCAUGUUACCACUAAAUCUUAACCAAAAUAAAAUUGAUAUUAAAUUACCUAAUGUUUAUAGAGAUCAUUGUAGUAGUAGUGAUGAAGAAAAUACAUCCUCCGAUUCCUCAGAAAACAGUGAUUCAGAUGAUGAAAUACAAGUAGAUGUAAAUAAAUCUAUUUGUCAUGCUCAUGCAAGGUCUAAAAUAAGUAAUAAUAAAAAUUAUGUUGUUGUCACGAUUGAUCUUACCUUGUCUGCAUAUGCAAAUGCUAGCGAAUAUUUUAACCUGAAGAAAACAACAGCUGAAAAACAAAAAAAAGUAGAACAAAAUAUUGAAAAAGCUAUGAAGAACAUAGAAAAAAAUGUUAAUCAACAACUAAAAAGAAAACUAGAAAAAAGUCAUAAUAUUUUGAAAAAGGUUAAGAAUCUUUACUUCUUUGAAAAGUAUUACUGGUUUAUCUCCAGUGAAGGUUUUUUAGUAUUAAUGGGUAAAAGUGCAGUUGAAUCUGAUCAAAUAUAUGGCAAGUAUAUUGAAGAAGAUGAUAUAUUUGUUUCAAAUAGUUAUGAUAAUGUUGUAUGGAUCAAAAAUCCAGAAAAGUCAGAGAUUCCACCAAAUACAUUGAUGCAGGCUGGUAUAUUAUGUAUGGCAUCUAGUGAGGCAUGGUCGAAAAAGUUAGCUGCUUCUGCUUGGUGGUGUAGAGCUAAAAAUAUUAGUAAGUUUAAUACAUAUGACAAUAAAGUACUUCCAGCUGGUGUUUUUACGAUAAAGGAUGAAAACGAAAAAAAUAUCUUAGCACCCUCUCAGUUAGUUAUGGGUCUAGGUUUGAUGUGGAAAGUGAAAACUUUGAAUGACACAACCUAUACUGAAGAUGGUACCUUUCCUUCUACAAAUCAUGAAUCUGUUGAAACUAAAUGUGUUUUUGAAAAUGAAAUCUCUGAAGAAUAUCCUUCUAGUUUCCCGGAAACUAAUAGUAACUUACCUCUUUUAGAAUCUGUUACUAAAAAAAGUGUAGACACAUUGUUUACCAGAAAUGAAAGUAAGAUGAUGGAAAAGGAAGAAAAAGAAACAACAGAAGAAAAUAGCACAUCGAUCACUGCUGCUAAUGUACUUCUUAACAUGAAGAAAAAUGUUCGUGGUAAGAAGGGCAAACUAAAAAAAAUGCAAAAAAAAUACAAAGAUCAAGACGAAAGCGAAAGAAUUAUGCGCCUGGAAGUCUUAGGUACCUUGAAAGGUAUUGAAAUGGAAGAAAAAAGAAAACAAGAAGAAUCCACCAAAAAAGAUCAACAAGAAUAUAGAAAAGAAAGACGAGAGAAACAAAAAAUGGCUCAGCUUUUACAUUUUACUACUAUGGAAAAAGUAAAAAUUAAUUUUGUACAACUCAAGGAACAAUUAAGGCCAUGUAUUUCCAAAGAAGAUGAGGUUUUAGAUAUCAUCCCUGUUUUUGCACCCUGGCUUGCUUUGCUGAAAUAUAAAUACAAAGUUAAAAUACAGCCCGGUAAUGCAAAAAAAGCAAAAACUAUGAAUGAAAUUCUAAGUUUCUUUUUGAAUAGACAAGUUGAUACAACUAAAAACAACAAUACACUUGAUUGGCCUAUGGAACAUGAUAUGAUCAAAGCUCUUACUGCACAAGAUUUAGUUAGAAUUGUUUCAGUAGAUAAAGUUUCUGCUUCUCUGAAUGGCUCAAAAAAUGGCAAAACUAAAAGCCAUAAUAAAGGAAAAGGAACCAAAGUUAAAGGUAAAAAUACAAAAUAA